GAAGCUUUCAGCUGCAGUCUUGUGAUUCUGUGUCGCGUUUGGGCGGGACUUGUGCGUUCACCGGAGAUAAACACUCGCAGCACUCCACACUCGGUUUACGACGCCGACACUUCCAAUGAGGGCGAAGCAGAUUGUCGUUGAGAGCCACAGACUGCGCGUGCGCGGCACUGUCUCUUUAAACGCGCCUGGUGUGAAAAGUUCAGUCAAGAAGGCUGUGCGGAGGAGGGUUCUGCGCGGUUUGAUGCAGAGAUCGGCGUCUGAUAUCGCGAGCGUAGUGCAGCAGAUGGCUGGCGACAGCGACGAGGCCAAACGUCUUCCAAAGAGACCCUUUCACGGCGAAGUAGAGGAGACCUCCAGCGCGAACAUGAAUGAAAACGUCAAAAUUAAGCCCGGAAAAAAGACUCCGGGUGAACGGCGCGGUAAGGAGAACUCUGCCGCCAAGUGUACUGCUUUGACAAGCGGCUCUGCAGAGGCGAAGAUGGAUCAGACCGUCAUUCACAGUCCCCAAACGCGAGACGACCCGAGCAUUUUCUUCGACGAGGACAGCAAUCACAUUUUCCCAGUGGAGCAGUUCUUUGGGAACAUGGAUGUUGUUCAGGAUUACCCACAAAGAACCCCAGGAAGCAAAAGAAUGAGUCGAAGAGAGUACAGGAGCAUGCAUUACUAUGCCAAAGAGGACAGUGAAGACGAGCAGCUAUGAGGACACAACUCCUCUCACAGAAUCAUCAAUCUAUCUGCCUUUGACCGGGAAGGAGUUUCAUGUUGGUAAAAUGGACUUGAUUGUUUUAAAGCAAGCUAUUUUAUUCCAAAAGCCUUCUUAACAUUUGAGCUACACUGAGAUGCACUGUGUUGAUAAAACGAGGGCAAAAAUGUUAGUGCAUCACUAAUUAUAAACUUAAGAACAUUAUAUAUGUGCCACUAAACAAAAUUAUAUUAAGAGGAUUUUGUGCUAGCUAAAACCACCAUGUUAUUAGGGUUUGUGCUGAAAGAAAGCUAUACUUUCUAUAUCUUUAUGUACACUGGGUUUUCUACCACUAGUUGCACACAGAAUGUGCUCUGAAAUCAACACAUACAGUUUUAUCAAUCAAGUGCCUCAAAUGUGCUCUUUAGACCUUGGAGGCAAUUUGAACAUUAGUUUGGACAAUAUGAAUUUGGCACUUUUUAACAUUCUCUGCUGAGAAUGAAUAGAUUUGUUUUGGAAGAAAACACUUCAGAUUUGGUGCUGAAUAAUUGAAAAUUAAAGCAUGUAGCCAUUUUGUUCUUUGAUAUGUUUAUGAUGUAAAGAUAUUGGUUAGUAUCUCAAUUUAAGAGGCUUUUAUUGUAAAAUAUGAAAAGUUGUAAUUUUAAACCAACAAUUUCAAACUAUAUUAUGCAUGUAGCUUCAACAGAAAUUUAAUUUUGUUUGUAUAUGAUGAUAUUUGUAUCUUAUUGAACAGAAUUUGCACUAACUUCAAGUGGCUCAAAGAUGUAACAUUUUAAAAUGUAGUUUCUUUUCUACUAUGUACAAAUUAUACAAGGAAAAUUUUUUAGAAAGUGUGAUUUUGAAGUUUAUAUUUUUCUAUUGAAGUGAUAAACCAAGUGCUUUUUUUUUUUUUUUUUUUUUGCUACCAAAUGCUUUGUAUGGAUAUGACAUGCAAUUUUUGUGAAAUUAUUUAAUGGCAAAUCAUCUGUGUAUUAUCAUGUGAAAGCUACAAUACUCCGUCCAGAGAAAAUAAACCUCAUUAACAGCUUUGGAAAACACA